GGAUUAAUCGUUAUAUCGGUAAAUUAGUUUCACUCUCUCUCUCUCUCUCGAUCUCUCGAGUUAGAAUUGAGUUUAGGCCUUUGAUUGAAAAUCCCUAAUCCUAAGGUGCUCACGGGGCUCACUCCGUUGCCUCCGAUCACCGUUGCUCAGUGACUUAGUCCUCUUCGUCGCAUCCGAGUUCGACCUCCGUCUGAGUCUGUUGCAGCUCGUGUGUUUUGUGUUUCCUCCGUUCACCGUCUUACCUGGGCUGCUCGUGAGCUACGCCGUACAAGAAGACCACGACCAUCGCAUCAAUAAACCCAAAUAGUGUUUACUCAGCUUGGUAUUGAUACAGUGGCUCUAAAAAAGCUCAGCAUUAAUAAAUCAGCACACUCAGCCAAAUCUGGUUAUCAAAAUGGACCAACAAAUUCUUGUGGAUGAAAACUUUCCACUCUUCUCCAAAUCUCAUAAACCCUCGAAAAACAACUUGCCAGCUGCCUCAACUGCUACAGCCACCACCGCUGCUGCCGCCAAAGACAUUAACUUUGAUAGCCAGCACCUUGGAAAGUUAGAUGAUACCGAUCUUGAUUACACCAAUCCCACUACUUUCGCAGAGCUUGGACUUGCGGAAUGGGCAGUGAAGACUUGCAAGGAGCUCGCAAUGCGCAAGCCUCGACGGGUGCAAUUAAAUUGCAUCCCGAAGAUUCUAGAUGGCCGCCAUGUGCUUGGCAUUGAUGAGACUGGAAGUGGUAAGACUGCGGCAUUUGCUCUACCAAUUCUUCACCGAUUGGGUGAGCAUCCUUUUGGGGUUUUUGCCUUGGUUUUGACGCCAACGAGGGAGUUGGCUUACCAACUGGCGGAGCAAUUUAGGGCAUUGGGUUCAUGCUUGCAUGUGCGGAUAGCCGUGGUGGUUGGAGGGAUGGAUAUGUUGGAACAAGCCAAGAUUUUAACAUCCAGGCCGCAUGUUGUGAUUGCCACACCAGGAAGGAUCAAGGUUUUGCUUGAGGAUAAUCCUGAUAUUCCUCGUUUUUCUAGAACUAAGUUCCUUGUAUUAGAUGAAGCAGAUCGAGUUCUUGAUGUUGGCUUUCAGGAGGAUUUGAAACUGAUCUUUCAGUGCUUACCAGAAAAUCGGCAAAACCUAUUCUUUUCAGCAACUACGACAAGUAAUCUACAGAAGCUGCGUGAGCGUUACCAAAACAAGCUCUAUGUCUAUGAGGCCUAUGAAGGCCUGAAAACAGUUGAGACGCUUAAGCAACAGAUUAUAUUUGUCCCUAACAAAGUGAAGGAGGUUUAUCUGAUGCAUAUGUUCCAAAUGGAAGAUAUGGGCAUUCGCUCUGCCAUUGUUUUUUUCUCUACAUGCAGGGAUUGUCAUCGUUUAAGUUUAAUGCUAGAAGUACUUGAUCAGGAAGCUGCAGCUCUCUAUUCAUUCAAAUCACAGGCUCAGAGACUUGAAGCACUUAAUCAAUUUAAAUCAGGAAAGGUUUCUAUACUGCUUGCAACUGAUGUUGCCAGCCGAGGUUUGGACAUUCCUACAGUUGAUCUAGUCAUCAAUUAUGAUGUCCCAAGGUUCCCUAGGGAUUAUGUUCAUCGUGUUGGCCGAACUGCAAGAGCAGGUAGAGGAGGACUGGCAGUGAGCAUUGUUACCCAGAAUGACAUUCAUCUCAUCCAUGAAGUAGAAGCUCUUCUUGAAAAGCAACUAGAGUUGGUCGAAUACAAAGAGAACGAAGUGCUUUCUCUGAUGAAAAAGGUUUUCAGCGCUAAAAAUGUGGCAGAAAUGAAAAUGUUGGAUGAUGGCUUUGAGGAGAAAGCACAAGAGCGGAAAAGGCAGAAACUGAAAAUGUUGUCAGAAAAUGGAUUAUUAAAGAAAAGGAGCAAAAAGAGGAAAAGAAAUAAAGGCCUCAAGGAAGAAGGAAUAAAACAUGAAAAGGAAGUGGAAACAUUAUCAGAUAAAGAUCACAGAAUAAAAAGAGUAAGAAGAGGAAGUGAAUUAUAAAGUUUCUGAUGAAUUAAGUGUGAAGAAAGGUGAACGCUGACAACGCUGCAAGAGUAAACGUUUCAUUGAAGAACCAAACUCGUGGCAAGUGGGAAAGAUUGGAUGCUUGGGAAAAGAACAGAAGCAGAAACUGAGAAUGCUAGUGGUGAAUGCUUCGUUGAACAAAUUGUACGGGUGAUUUAUUGAAAGACAGAUAUGUAGGGUUUUAAGAGUUGAACUUGGUAUAAUAAUCAUAGAGUAAAAUCGUGCAAAGUUAACUCUCAAAAUUUUGUAGAAUCGUUUUUUCAAAAUAGUGGGUUAUGCUAGAGUUAUUUGUUAGGCUCCCGUUGGCAUUAGGAGGAGGAAAUUCUUACAUUUUUGUAAUUAUAACUCAACAACUAUUUCUUUUUAUAUUGAUAAAAUUAAUUUUUAGUUUUU